AUGUGCUCCAUCAUUGAAGAGCCAGAGGUCGUAACUGCAUAUGAAGCAAAAUACAUUGUCUUCGAGUCAUGCCUGAAGCAGCUCCUCCAGAGGUGCCCACAGUGCCUGACUCCAGACUGUAGUGUGGACCUGUUCUGCAUCGGGACAAUGGUGAAGGCCACGGUUGUCUGCCCCCGAUCACACAUCACUAAGUGGUCAAGCCAGCCAAUGUGCCAAGGAAAACCGCUGGGAAAUGUCCUACUGUGCAGUGCAAUACUGUUCUCCGGAAGCAGCCCGACACAGGCACUGAGGAUGUUGAGCUUCCUGGGCGUGCAGACCUUGAAGGCAGCGCAGUAUUUCAAAUUUCAGCGGCACUAUAUUUUCCCUGCAGUUACUGAGGUAUGGAACAAUGAGCAGCAGCUGCUGUUGACAGAGCUGAAAAACCAAGCUCUGUGCCUCGCUGGCGAUGGCCGUGCAGAUUCCCCGGGACAUUCUGCAGACUUCGGCACGUACUCACUUAUGGACACUGCAGCUAACCGUAUUAUUCAUCUGGAGCUGGUGAAGCCUACUGAGGUUACCUCCAGCAAUAAAAUGGAAAAGGAAGGGCUACAAAGAGCUCUCAACUACCUACAGGACCAGGGCAUGACCGUGAAAACACUCAUCACUGACAGGCACACUGAAAUUAAAGCCUUUAUGAAGGCUUCACACCCAGAAGUGCAGCACCGUUUUGAUGUCUGGCACGUAGCCAAAGGCAUACGUAAGAAAAUCAGUGCUGUGUCACGCACAAAGCAGCAUCAGGUAUUCCAGAUGUGGUCCCCAACGAUAGUGAACCAUCUAUAUUGGUGUGCAAGGACCAGUGAUGACAACGGAGAGUUGACUUUGGCAAAAUGGAAAACGAUCCUGCGCCAUGUCAUCGAUAUCCACGAGCAUCCUGACAGCCUCCAUGAAAGAUGUGCCCACGGUGACAUUGGGGAGAGGCUCUGGCUGCAUGAAGGGGCGGAAACCUUCAAAAGGCUGGAAAAAAUUGUGGCAUCACCUCUCUUGAUGAAGGAUGUCCCAAUGCUGUCACCGCAUAAACAGACCUUCGGACUUGAGGCAUUCCAUGCUGUAAUCAUUCACUUUGCCCCAAAGUCAUCGAAGUUUUCACAUGACGGCAUGCAUGCACGGUAA